UUUCUAGGCUUGUGUGUCUCGGGACCAAUAAAGUGGCAUAACAUUAGCAUUGAUUAAUUAACAGGAAAACUUAUAGAAUAGAACUAGAAAGAAAGAGAGAUGAUAUAAUAUGAUAUAAAUGGACAAUCUAUCGGGUCUGUUGAAGGUUAAGGUUAAAAGAGGUCUGGAUCUUGCAGUUCGUGAUAUCACCGACAGCGAUCCUUAUGUUGUCAUCAAAAUGGGCGAUCACUUGUGGCAGAAACUGAAGACUCGGGUUGUGAACAAUGAUAUUAAUCCGGUGUGGGACGAAGAACUGACUCUUGCUGUUGAAGAUCCAAAUCUUCCAAUAAAACUAACGGUGUACGACAGCGAUUUGUUCUCAAUGGAUGACCCGAUGGGAGAUGUAGAAUUUGACUUGAAAUCGUUUUUGGAGGCAAUGAAGAUGCCUCGUCUGGAGAGGCAUCCAAAUGGAACUCUUCUCAAGAGAAUACAGCCUUCCAGGACAAACUCUUUGGCUGAAGAAAGCUGUAUAAUAUGGAAAGACAACAAGGUCCUCCAAGACCUAUCUUUUAGGUUGCGACAUGUGGAAUCUGGUGAAGUUGAAAUCCAACUGUCUUGGGAACAUCUACCCGGUUCUAAAGGAUUCUAGACUUGUUUUUUUUUUUUUGUAAAACUGAUUAUUGUGAGAUGUACUGUGGCUACACUUUUCAACUGCUUUUUGAUGCUUUGUUUCGUUAGAUGCGUGAUUAUUAGUAAAUGUCACGAACAAUUGAAAACCAACACUAGCAUAUGCGUAAUGUAAUGUGUUAGAAUCUCAUCCCCCUGUUAUUAACUUAUCAACCCUUGUACCACUACUCUAACUUAAAACUGCUUUUUCGUUUUCUUUUUUCAAAUAAUCAAGACUUGCAUGUAUCGUAUUCUUCAAAGUAAAUGAUUCCUAG